AUGGCUGGCACACUUUCCUCGGCCGCCGCGCUCGCGUCCGCCGCGUCCCCGGACCGAAUCGUUCUCAUCACCGGCUCGAACAAGGGCAUCGGCAAGGAGAUUGCGAGGGCGAUCGGGUCUCUGCCCGACCACACGGCCGUGCUUGCGUGCCGCGACGCGCAGCUUGGCGCGGCGGCCGCCGCCGAGCUCGCCGCCGACGGCUGCAGCGUCGCCUUCAGCCGCCUGGACCUCACCGAUGCCGCCAGUAUCGCGGCGACGCGCGACUAUGUCGAGGUUUCGUUUGGUCGGCUGGACGCGCUGGUCAACAACGCGGCCAUCUGCUUCAACGACCCGACGCUCUACGGCAAGGUGCCGCACACGCCCUUUGAGCAGCAGGCGCGCCUCACCGUCGAGACAAACUACUUUGGGUCGCUCGCCGUCACCGAGGCGAUGCUGCCACUGCUGCGCCGGUCGCGCGCCUCGCCGCGGGUCGUCAACGUCGCGAGCGCCGCCGGCCGACUGCGCGGCUCGCCCGCCAUCCAGCGCGCGAUCAGCGACCCCGCCCUCACCGUCGCCGCGCUGGGUGCGCUGAUGGAGUCGUUUGUGAGCGCCGCAGAGGAGGGAACCCACCUCGACGCCGGCUGGCCAAACACCUGCUACGGCGUCUCCAAGCUGGGAUUGAUUGCACUGACGCGCGUGAUGGCGCGCGAUGAGGCGGCCGCCGCGACACCCGAUGGGCUGGCGGUGAGCUUCGCCUCGGUCGACCCUGGCUUCUGCGCGACGGACCAGAACAACAACCAGGGCCACGUCCCCGCUGCGCAGGGCGCAACGACAGCCGCGACGCUGGCCGCGGCUGGUGAUCAGGGUGGCGGAGCCGGCAUGAGCGGGCGGCACUUUUACGAGGGGAGAGAGAUGAGCUGGACGUACGGCGUGCCGCUGGCCUAG